AUGACGUCCGCACCGCAGAUACAGCCGAAAUUCCUUCCCAACCGCCACGACCUAGGCGUUGUGGCGGUCGGUUUCAGCGGCGGCCAGCCGAAAGCCGGCGUCGACGCAGCGCCCCAAGCCCUCAUUCAACAUGGCCUAAUCCAGCAAUUGGAAGAGGAUCUGGAGUUCAAAGUCAGCUUUGAUGGUGAGGUGCAUGACUACAGUCAAUUUUCGCCAGCAGAGGAUCCAGACUACCGGGGCAUGAAGCAGCCAAAGUUCGUCAGCGCAGCCACAAAGGCAGUCAGCGACCAGGUCUACAACCACGCGAAGAGCGGGAAGCUAGUUCUUACCCUUGGAGGCGACCAUUCCAUUGCCAUAGGCACCGUUUCUGGAACUGCAAGAGCGAUCCGGGAACGGCUCGACAAAGAAAUUGCGGUUAUCUGGGUCGACGCGCACGCGGAUAUCAACACACCCGAGACUUCAGACAGCGGUAACAUUCACGGAAUGCCUGUUGCCUUCUUGACGGGUCUUGCAAAGGAGGACAGAGAAGACACGUUUGGGUGGUUGAAGGAGCACCACCGCUUAAGCACGAAGAAGAUCGUGUACAUUGGAUUGAGGGAUGUAGACAAGGGCGAGAAGAAAAUUCUAAGGGACCAUGGCAUCAAGGCAUUCUCGAUGCACGACAUCGACCGACACGGCAUUGGAAAGGUCAUGGACAUGGCUCUGGGCUGGAUUGGCAGCGAUACUCCCAUCCACUUGUCUUUCGAUGUGGACGCACUGGACCCCCAGUGGGCUCCUAGCACAGGUACGCCCGUGCGAGGAGGUCUGACCUUGCGUGAGGGAGACUUCAUUGCCGAGUGUGUGGCUGAGACUGGUUCAUUGGUUGCGCUGGAUCUCGUUGAAGUGAACCCAAGCCUCGACGAGCAAGGUGCGAGCGAUACCGUUCGUGCCGGUUGCAGCAUUGUUCGAUGCGCGCUUGGCGAUACGCUCUUGUGA